UGCCAGGUUUCCUACUGGAGGACAUGCCGACACUGAGGGACAGCACCAUGUCCCAGCCCGCUGAUAACUCCCACCAGGUCCGGGUCAAGGCGUAUUUCAAAGGAGAUAUCAUGAUCACCCACUUUGACCCAAGCAUCACCUUUGAUGGGCUCUGCACCGAGGUGAAGGAUAUGUGUGCCUUUGACAAUGAGCAACUCUUCACAAUGAAGUGGAUAGACGAAGAAGGAGAUCCCUGCACUGUGUCCUCGCAGCUUGAGCUAGAAGAAGCUUUCCGGUUGUAUGAACUAAAUAAAGAUUCUGAGCUGCUAAUUCACGUCUUCCCCUGUGUACCUGACAGGCCUGGAAUGCCCUGCACCGGUGAGGACAAGUCCAUCUAUCGACGUGGAGCAAGACGGUGGCGAAAACUAUAUUGUGCAAAUGGACAUACAUUCCAAGCCAAGAGAUUUAACAGAAGAGCACACUGUGCCAUCUGUACUGACCGAAUAUGGGGGCUAGGACGACAAGGUUACAAAUGUAUCAACUGUAAGCUACUAGUCCAUAAGAAAUGCCACAAGCUUGUUAGCAUUGAAUGUGGACGACACACAAUAGCGGAGCCUAUUAUACCUAUGGAAACCCCAGGCAUGAAUCCACAAGUUGAGGGUGAAUCCACUUACAGGCAUAGGAGUCAGAAUAGCAUAGACCAGGAUGGUGAAGAGAAAGAGGCUCGAAACAGCAGGGACAGUGAUAAGCCCCCCUCCAGCCUAGGAUUACAAGAUUUUGACCUGCUUAGAGUCAUUGGAAGAGGAAGCUAUGCAAAGGUCCUGCUAGUGCGGUUAAAGAAGACAGAGCGUAUCUAUGCAAUGAAAGUGGUCAAAAAAGAAUUGGUUAAUGAUGAUGAGGAUAUUGACUGGGUUCAGACAGAGAAGCAUGUGUUUGAACAAGCCUCAAACCACCCUUUCCUUGUCGGACUACACUCCUGUUUCCAGACAGAAAGCAGACUGUUCUUUGUUAUUGAAUAUGUAAAUGGAGGAGAUUUAAUGUUUCACAUGCAGCGUCAAAGGAAGCUUCCAGAAGAACAUGCAAGGUUUUACUCUGCAGAAAUCAGUCUGGCAUUAAACUACCUCCACGAGCGAGGAAUUAUUUAUAGAGAUUUAAAGCUGGACAACGUCUUAUUGGAUUCUGAAGGGCACAUAAAACUUACUGACUAUGGCAUGUGCAAGGAAGGUUUACGGCCAGGAGACACUACUAGCACAUUCUGUGGUACACCAAAUUACAUUGCCCCUGAAAUCCUGCGUGGAGAAGAUUACGGUUUCAGUGUGGACUGGUGGGCACUAGGUGUGUUGAUGUUUGAGAUGAUGGCAGGUCGGUCACCGUUUGAUAUUGUAGGGAGUUCUGACAAUCCAGACCAAAACACAGAGGAUUUCCUUUUCCAAGUUAUUCUUGAAAAACAAAUUCGUAUUCCCAGAUCUUUGUCUGUAAAAGCAGCAAGUGUUUUAAAAAGCUUUCUGAAUAAGGAACCAAAGGAUCGUCUUGGCUGUCAUCCGCAGACAGGAUUUGCUGAUAUCCAGGGACAUCAGUUCUUCCGCACCGUUGAUUGGGAUAUGAUGGAGCAGAGACAAGUGGUUCCUCCCUUUAAGCCAAACAUAUGUGGAGAAUUUGGUUUGGAUAAUUUUGAUGCACAGUUUACCAAUGAGCCUGUUCAACUAACGCCUGAUGAUGAGGAUGUGGUGAGAAAGAUUGACCAGUCAGAGUUUGAGGGUUUUGAAUACAUCAACCCGCUGUUAAUGUCGGCAGAAGAAUGUGUAUGAUGGACACUACAGUUCUGUUCAUGGCUGCUACCACUGCAGUGCCUGGGCCUCUUUCUGUUGCACAGAGAACAUUACUGGACUGGCACUGAGCCUGAUAUUAUGGAGGUCACUACUGUACACCAAGGAACCUAUAUCUCCCUGUUGUUAUAUUGCUAUAUAUUUAACAUAUGGACAUAAAAAGUUAAGUUACAUUUCUUACACACUUUAUCUAGGAGAUGUAUACAUUUCCACCCUUUCAUUUCUCUCUUUACAUGUCUUAUUGUUUAUAGUAAUAUUGAAGUUUCUUAAGUUCUUGGCAUGGUUUUCUUUCAGUGGCAAAUUUCUCUAUACCUGAAUGUAAUAGCAAUUCACCUUCUUUACUGGAAUGAAGCCCAAGCUGUCUCUCAAAUGAGAUUGAGGUUUGGAUGCUGACAGCCUUGGCUAGUCACCGUGCAUUUCAUGCCGGCACUGAUGUGUCCUUCAGUGAUAUUAAUCCAUUCGUGUUUCUAGCUAAAUAAAUGGGGUACGCAUACAUCGGGUGUUGACAACUGAGAAAACGCGAGUGUUGAAUCAGUCAUCAUUAUUUGUCUUUGGACUUUUUAGUAUUUUUAAUCCAUUGGGGAAAAAAAAAAAACACUAUAGUAGUCAGGCACCGAGAUUAAAAACAUAUAUAUAUAUAUAUAUUUAUUUUUUUCCUCUCAAAGUGUUGUCACCGGGAGCAGCUUUCCAAGUCUUAUACCUGCAGGUGUUGUGUACCCUUCAUAUGUAAUAUGUGGUAUAAACCACUGACCAGGAACUGUGGGGGUUGUGUGUCAUAUACACGAAGACAAAAAAUGUAAAAAAAAGCUCUCAUGUGAGUGAUAAAGGGAGCACCGUGGGGAAAGCAAAUGUAUUGUAAAUCUAUAUUGGUGCCAAAUGUACUCCUUUUGUAAGUGAUCUUAUUAUAUCCAUGGCUAUGUUUUCUCAUUUGGAGCCUAUAACCUGUGUUGCUAAAAUUUUAUAGUUGUGUGCUUUUAGAGAUGGUAUACACCAAUUGCAUCCAUCGACCCAUUUUGUGGAUUAACAACCUUUCAUGCAAGGCUAGUGUCAGCUUUUGAGAAACAGGCUUCCAAUGAAUGUACAAGUAUAUUGUGUUUAGUUCAGAGGCCUGCACACAUUGGCUACACUCUGUAUUACCGAUAGAGCAGUCAAUGCCUGCAUCAUUAGAGUGCACAGCAUGUUGGAUUUCUGGUCUUUGACUACUUUGGGGGAGGGAAAUACUCCCAUCAAACAUGGUAUUUUCUCAAUUUUAAUCUGUCAGAUUUUCAACGGAAGUGUUAAUGAGUUUCCCUAAAUAGUGCCACAGUUCCUAGACAAGUGCGGCAUGCCGACUUCAUUAAUGCAACAUUAAUAAACAUACUUAGUACAUGACAAGCCUUCUAAAUUCCUAACAUUUUGCUUACUUGGUCACAGCCUUGAAGAUCCUGAUUGUGAUGUGUUAGGGUCGGGGGAGCCAUGUAUAUAACUUUCAGCUAGAAAAACCAUGCUACAUAUUACCUCUGUUGUGGACGAGGGCAUGCUGCAUUGCAGUCCUUGUAACUGCAUCUAAAAAUUGGAUUAUUUCACCAUUUAUUGAAUUAGUUGGUUUUAGUCUAAAUAGUUUAGCAUUCACUGCAUUAGUACCUAGCCCAGCCCCCAUCUCUUCAAAUUUAUAAGAUAAUACCUAUCAGUACUAAAGGUGAUAAAAUCAGAAUUUUCUGCAGAAUGUGUGUAGCCUUUUAAGAAGCUCUGAUCAUAGGCUAACACAUGCUUCAUUUUUUUCUCGGCGGGCAUGAGCAAUACCUGGCCACAGAACCUUUUAUGUAAGCUCUUUUUAUAUUUAAUCUGUACAAUACACUGUGACGCAUCCAAACUCUUCAAUAUGCCACUUACAGAACAGACCCCAUAACCUUUGUUCAUGAGAUGCCGCAUAUUUAUGAGCCUUUCACUCCAUGCCAGAUAUCACCAACAGAUGCCUGUAUGUUAAUGGACUGAUGUUUGUGAUGAACUUGUCUUUUUUUAUUCUUUUAUAUUUUACGUGUCUUUGCUCACUUUUGUCAUGGUUUAUAAAUGAUUCUUGGCAGAGUGUUUGGGGAAUCAAUAGUUUGUAUGUUGUUGUUGUUGUUUUUUUUAACCUAUUCCACAAAAAUUAUUUUUUGUACAAGUAAUGAAAUGUUAAUAUUUUUUGGAAUUCUUUAAAGUGUAGGUCCAAAGUUGUGAUCUGGUGUGACCUUGGCUCCAGCAUGGGGAGACACAGGCCACGCUUGGAGUUACAGUUGCCAAGGCAACAUGCCACGUUCAGCAAAGUUCUGUGCACAGAGAGUGGUAUGGUUGCCUCAGCAACUGCAACACCCAACCAGGCCUGCGUUGGAGAUUGUGCGGGCUCACUACUUUGGACUUGUGCUUUAAGUGCCACUUUUCCCCCUCUAGUGUUCAUGGUUUUAUUUUGCCUUAGCAAGUCUAAAUAAUUGUCAGUAUGACCCAGACAAGUACAUUGCAGACUACUUCACAUAGGGCUAUUCUUCCCGAUCGAAGAGAGCCCAACACCCUAAAGGCAGGUGUCUCUUCACUGUAUGGAACCUCAGUAAGUAUUGGACAAUCCCGAAAACAGUUAAUUGUUUUCUUUGAUUUUCAGGUUAGGUAACCAAUUUUUUUUUUUUUUUCCAACCACUUGAAUUGAGAGAAGAGUACUCCUGCGGAUAUUAUACAUAAAGAUCUUGUAUCGUGAUAUUUUUAGAUGUUAUUACAUGAUGUGCAGUCCAUUGUUACACUGUUUUAAAAAGCUGUACCCUGUAGCAUUGUCUGCAUGUAGUAAUGAAACGCAGCAAAUGACAUGUAACUGAAGUUUGGCUUUCUUUUAAUAAAACAUUUCUAUAAAGCCUGAAGUUAUGUAUUCAU